AUGUUCGGUCAAAAUGAGGACGUUAUUAUACCUACAGGCUCGUAUGAGUUUGAUAAUUUAGAGUCUGUUAUACAAAAAAAUAUGCCGGAAUAUGUCGAUUGGUUUGAAUUAAAAGCAAACAAUAGCACAUUAAAGUGCACGCUCUCGUGUAGUCACGAUGUGAACUUGGGCGUCAAGAAUAGCAUAGCGAAAUUGUUGGGUUUUAGAAAUGUUUUAUACACUGCUGGUAUCAAUCACGAAUCUGAAAGUACAGUCAAGAUAAUUAAAAUAAAUAGUAUAAAAGUCGAGUGCAACUUGAUUACUGGCUCAUUUUGUGACGGAGCACCGAGCCAGAUCAUACACGAACUCUAUCCAACUGUUCCAGCAGGCUAUAAAAUCGUCGAGGUACCUAGACAUCCAGUUUAUUAUGGUCUCAACACGACUUCAAUAUCUAGAGUAAAUAUCGUAUUAAAAGAUCAGAACGAUUGUCCAAUAAAUCUACGCGGCGAACCAAUUACGAUUCGCUUGCAAAUAAAGCGGGGGUAUGGCGCUCAAAUUUAA